AUGAGUGGAUUGAGCAGGGACAUGAACCCCUCCCUCGAAAGAUCGGUAGGAAGGGCAGCGGUGCUGGGGAUCGGCACUGCCAAUCCACCGCAUGUGGUGGAGCAGAGCACCUUUCCAGACUACUACUUCAAAAUAACAAACAGCGAGCACAUGGCUCACCUCAAAGAAAAAUUUACACGGAUUUGUGAGAAGUCGAAGAUCGCAAAACGGUACACAGUGCUGACAGACGAAUUCCUAGUAGCAAACCCUACCCUGACCUCCUUCAACGCUCCUUCAUUAGAUACCCGCCAGCAGCUGCUGGAUGUUGAGGUCCCAAGACUGGGCGCCGAAGCCGCGACCAGAGCCAUCAAAGACUGGGGCCGGCCCAUGUCCGACCUCACCCACCUCAUCUUCUGCAACAGCUACGGCGCCUCCAUACCCGGAGCUGACUACGAGCUGGUCAAACUCCUCGGACUCCCGCUCUCCACCAGACGCGUUAUGCUCUACCAGCAGUGCUGCUACGCCGGCGGCACCGUCAUUCGCCUAGCCAAGGACCUGGCCGAGAACAACCGCGACGCCCGGGUCCUGGUCGUUUGCUGCGAGCUCAACACCGUAGGUAUUCGGGGCCCGUGCCAGAGCCACCUCGAGGACCUCGUGAGCCAGGCCCUGUUCGGCGACGGCGCCGGUGCUCUCAUCAUUGGGGCGGAUCCACGAGCCGGCGUCGAGCGGUCUAUCUUUGAGAUCGUCAGGACGUCGCAGAACAUCAUAGCGGGAUCGGAGGGUGCGCUCGUUGCGAAGCUAAGGGAGGUGGGGCUCGUGGGAAGAUUGAAGCCAGAGAUCCCGAUGCAUUUAUCGUGCAGCAUCGAGAAGCUGGCGUCGGAGGCUUUGAACCCUGUGGGGAUCGCUGAUUGGAAUGAGGCGUUCUGGGUGAUGCAUCCAGGUGGGAGGGCGAUUCUGGACGAGCUAGAGAAAAAACUGGGACUGGGGGAGGAGAAGCUGGCGGCGACGAGGGAGGUGCUGAGAGAUUAUGGUAACAUGUCGAGCACCAGCGUGCUAUUUGUGAUGGAGGUGAUGAGGAGGCGGUCGGAGGAGCGAGGACUGGCUACGGCCGGAGAAGGGCUGGAGUGGGGCGUGCUCCUUGGGUUCGGGCCUGGCCUCACAAUGGAGACCGUGGUCCUCCGCUGCCCUUAGCUCGAACCUUUCCGAUUGGACUUUGUAGUGCA